AUGGAUGGACCGUGGGCCAUCUGUGGUGAUUUCUAUAUAUGCAGAUUUCCGUCUGAAAAAAGGGAUUGUAAUAGGAAUACUUUAGCCAUGAAGGAAUUCUCAGACUUCAUAGAAGACAUGGAACUCAUUGACUUGCAGCUAACUGGUGCCAGCUACACCUGGUUCAAAGGGGAUAAUCAUACAACUGCUUCUAGGAUUGAUAGAAUACUAAUAUCCACAGAAUGGAACAACCUUUUUAGCAACUUAAAACAAACCACCUUCCAAAGAGUGACUUCUGAUCAUGUGCCAAUUGCAUUCCUUUGUGGCCAACGAGAAUGGCCUAAGUCAUACUUUAAGUUCGAAAAUGGGUGGCUGUAUGCAGAAGGAUUUGUUGAUAAAGUGAAGGAAUGGUGGAGUGAUUUUGAGUUUCAUAGGAAAUCAAACUAUGUUUUAGCAUGUAAAUUCAAAGCACUCAAAGGAAAGUUGAAAGAUUGGAGCAGGAUGGAACAGGGGAACUUGAAACUAAAGAAGAACAGUAUUUUGAAUCAGAUGGCUGAGAUAGAGUCCCUUUUGAACAACAGAGCUCUAACUGAAAAGGAAACUGCCAGAAAAGCAACGCUUUUUAUGGAAUACGAAGGUUGUCUAAAGAAUGAAGAGGUGGCUUGGAGACAUUGGACAUUCUGGGAGACUAUUUCUGAGCCAAAUAGAAUCAAGGAAGAGGUCAUAUUCUUCUACAAGAAGCUAUCUAUAGAACUUGAAGAUUGGAGACCUCCUGAGAACAUCAACAACCUACCAACUAUUACAGAAGCUGAAAAGGAGGCCUUGCAAACAGUUUUUGAGGAACAAGAAGUUUUUGAGUGUUUAAAGUUAUGUGCUAUAGACAAAGCACCUGGUCCUGAUGGUUUUACAAUGGGAUUCUAUAUAAAGUGUUAG